UGCAGACUCUACGUUCCAAGAUGAUGGUCAUUUAAGUAACGACGGUGCCGGAUACGGAACUAGUUGGAUCUAUUUUCCAGACGGCGAUGGUUACCCUCACUAUGUCAAUCUAACCAACGUCGAAGAAGAAACUCUCACCAAUCGAUUGUCAACUUAUUCUGAUAUUUUAUUUAGAUUAUAUAUUAAAGGUAACAAGUACCUAUUACCUAACUUAGGUACCUACCAAAAUGAGAGUUAUAUCUUAUUGGAUAGUGAUGGACGACCAAUUAAUAAAAGUGAUCGUAUUACCACAGAAAGCAUAAUGUCUUCAAAAAUGCCUUUAAAAUUUUUAACCCAUGGAUGGCUAUCAUCAGUUGAUAAGCCAGGGGUACCGGAUUUAAAGAAUGCUUAUUUAGAAACUGGAAAUGUUCAUGUUAUAACUGUCGACUGGAGCGCUACAGCAAGUUCUAUAUUUUAUCCUUGGGUAGCAAAUGAAACUAAGAAUAUUGGAGCUAGAAUUGCUUUAUUUUUAGAUGGUUUAAAUAAGUGGUACAAUGUGACUGGGGAACAAGUACAUUUAAUUGGUCAUAGCCUUGGAGCUCACGUCAUGGGCAUCGCAGCAUCUCAAACUAAAAUGCGCGUGAACAGAAUUACGGGACUCGAUCCAGCCAGACCCUUUUUCGAGUUCCCAUCCCAUCUUAACGAUUCAGAAAAACUAGAUUCAUCUGAUGCGGAUUUUGUUGAUAUUAUACAUACAUGUGGAGGUUUGUUAGGUUUCCUAUCACCAAUUGGGACGGUGGAUUUUUAUCCAAAUAAUGGAGUCGCACCACAACCUGGAUGUGAAGAUAUUGUGAAGUUCUUUGAUGGUAACUACAAUAAUGUUCUGUCCACAAAUAUGUAG